AUGAGUGUGGCGGAAUCAUCAGCUGCUCAGGCCGUCAAGCAGGCCGCGCCUCGCCUGCCGAUCUCCAAGUGUAAGCGAAUCGCCAAGACCGACCCCGAAUACAUGCUCACGUCGCAGGGCGCAAGCGCAGCUGUCGCGUUCGCGACCGAGCUGUUUGUGCAGGCACUGGCAGAAGACGCACUGGCGCGUUCGCAACUGGAGCGUGCCAGCGGUGCGCGUCUGCGGCUGCAAUAUGACGAACUUGCACAAUGCGUCGCGACCAUGGACCGCUAUUCGUUUCUGAGCGACGUGGUACCUCAGACUCAAUCUCUUGCUGCGCUCACACGCGAGAAUCGUGUACGUUACACAACGCUCGCGCCGGGCCAGACCACUUUACCGUUCAGAGCGCGCGAUGACCCCGGGGACGCGGACGAGCAAGGCCAAGAUCAGGGCGAAGACGACGAUAACGAGCAAGAGUCCUGA